GAGUACUACUGAGUACUCCUAUAGGCACUGACAAUGGCCCCUAAUAGCGGUUUCACGCCGAAGGCGUCACUAACAGAGGCUCCUACUAACCUAAAGGAGGCCAUUGACUGGGUCCUCAGGGUAACUGGUAAGGAUGGUAAACCACUGAGUGGUGAUGAAUGUAUAUGUGGUCUGGCGGCGGCAGUGACUGACCUACUGCAGUCAGUGACCCUGGAGUACCAUGGCUAUCAAGGUGAUACUAAGGAAACUGACAGUGCUAAAGGCGCCUCCGAAGAGCAAGUCAAGGAACGCCUCAAUGGACUGUUCUCCCUAGUCCAGGGACUAGGUGGUACCGCAGUGGUCAGGACCUACAUAGACCAGUUGGCACAGGUACUCAGUGCACUCGUUGGGUGGAGUAAGAUAGAUAAGUGUUGGAAGGGUGGCAGCCAGUGCAAGAAGGGUAAUAAGGAACAUCAUGGCCAAAGUGGCAGUGGAUGCGAGUAUCUUAAGGAUAUAAAGCCGGACAACAAGUGUCAGGACUGUGGGUGUAUGAAAUAUGUAGUGAUCCCGAGCGUCGAUUGGGUACAACUGGGCAGGGGGUGUACAAAGUGUAAGGGUAGUGGCACUGAUGAGGAGGCGAAGAAGCAGGGCUGUCAGUGUGAUACUGAUGAUGAAGAGGGCUGUAGUGCUGGAAAUGAGUGUAAAUGCGCUCUAGCAGGCAAAUGCUGCAAGUGUUGUUGUACGGGUUGUAGUGGGAAGUGUAGUGAUAAGUGUAGCUGUAUAGAAAAAGAAGACGAUAAGACGAAGAUGCUUGGACGCCCUACAUUUCAUGACAGUUAUCAGUCUGCAUAUGGAGAAAUGAAUUUCAUAUCAAUAUACGAUGGAUCAGAUUAUCGUAUAAGCUCCACAUGGACAGAUCUAGUGGAACGGGGUGGUAGUAAGACUCCCUCCCAACGCCGUCACCACUGUGCCCGGAUACUCCUAGGGUCAGUAUGUCUCAUUUGGAGUGGACUUACUUAUAUGUAUUGGACAGGAAAGUGGACCAAGGGUAGUCCAUACUGGAACAACCACAUCCUGGACGGUAGUGGUCUAGAUGAUGGAACACUAUCACAAUGGCUACAGGCCCUAGGGUUUCCUAGGGAAAUGCUUAAUAACCAUGGUCCUGGAAAUAGAUGGGAUGCUAUUAUAUGGGAUGGUAUUAUGGGUAAGUUAUAUUUGGGAUUCCCGCAUACCAGUGACAAUGCUGCCCAUGGCAGUGACAACAAUGAUAAUACAUUCAGACAACCAGCUGGUAUGAACUAUGCAGGAUAUAUACAUACCGUAGACAGGGGUGCAUUUGAUAGUAGUGUCUUUAAGGAGAAUAGCAAUGGCGUUGACAAGAACAAGCUAGGUGCCCUCUUCAAGCUCUACAUUCUAUCAUGUGCCUAUUUUACCGGUCUACAGAAAAAGAGUAGUACCCAGAGCAGUACUUCUACGACUCCUAGGACAAUCCGUGAGAUCCUAUACUGGCUCAGUGCAUUGCCCUAUAGUACGGCAUAUAAGGAUAUGCUGGACUAUGCUAAGGAGAGACUCAAGAAAGAAGCACCAGAUGUUGGAGGCAAAAGGCAACUUUCAUUCCUUCAAACAGGCCGUUCAGCUCCAAUUACCGUUGAUGAAUUCAACCUCUUUGCCCACUUCCAAGCAGUGACUCAGUACUGCCCCCUGGUCCUCAUAGGUAUCCAAGGAGGAUUACACAGUACUAACAGUACUACUCCUGCCAUUCACUCCCUCUACGCUAACACUGCUUGCAACUUCACCUAUCCCACUGUGUCCAUCCAAGCAUACAACCAGGUGGUCCACUACAUUAGGGCUCUGUUCUACCAGUUGUAUUUCCUUAGGAAGCAAUGUGCCAUGAAAGUGGCUCUAGGAGGCAAAUGGCGUGAGUGUAGGUAUGGGGACGGAGUAGUGUCCAAGGGGGUUAUUAGCUGGAUGUGCCUGGGGUGUGACCCCAUGGAACAUGAUAGGAAAAGUAGGGUUGAGAAGGUAAAGGGGGAGUUGGGUGGGGUAAUAAAUAAGCUAAAGGCAUUGGAGAAGAUUGGUGAUGGGAUCGAGAAGGCUAAAGCAUUACUCGUGGCCAUAGGGGAAGUAGUGGUACAAUUGGGUAAUGCCCAGGAGGCAUUGGAAGGGAAGGAUAAGGAUGCGAUAGGGAAGGUGAAGACGGCACUAGGGGAGGCUAAGACGGAACUGGAUAGUGCUAAGCAGGAACUGGAGAAGGAUGGGCUGGAUGUGCUCGAUGGGGAGGAGAAGCUAAAGGGGGCGCUAGAUAAGCUGACGACGAAGAAUGGUGGUAGUAGUGGAAUACUAAAGGAGGUAGACGGUGCACUAGAGAAGGCCACGAAUAAGGAUGGAAAAGAGGUAGAUCCUGGUAAGAACAAGAUAAGUGAGGCUAUCAACAAAGUACUGGAAAUGCUGAAGGAAAUGGAGAAACAGUUGAAAGAAGUUCUGGAGAAGGAACAGUCAAAUAUGGAUGAAAAUACAAAUUUGAAUGGCCACGAAAAAGGUUUUCACAAAGCCAUCAAAGAACUCAUCUCCAUAUGUAACUCUCCCAAGUGCUCUGGAUGUACAAAACACUCUACCAAGUGCGGCAAAAAGCCAGAGUCUAAGUACUGUGACAAGUGCCACCAACAAUACAUGGACGGUACGCCAUCGCCCCUCCAGGCAUUCCUAGAGGAUAGGUUACCAGGGUUUAGUUGUAAUAAUAUACCUGAAGGGGACAACCCAGAGUAUCCCCUGGCUGCAUCCCACUUGGAACACUGCGGUAGUUCCGGUCAGUGCUGCCCACUGCCAAUGGGAUUUAGAAAUCAAUUCCACAGCGGCAUCAGCUAUAUGACUGGCUCAAGACUCUACGGGAUCCUCUACUUCUUCAGUAACGGUGACAUGAUGCAAUCUUGUGUUUAUACACUAGUGAGGGUGACAGCAGCACUCAGUGCUACGACACCACAGGUAUUGGGUGAUGUCUUUGGGUUCUUUAGGGGUGGUGUAGGAAAUCCAGUACAAAAGGAGGACAAGUCGAGGACGUGUGAUCACAUUACAGAUCCUAAAGACUCAAAUAACAGUAAGGAAUACUUUUGCGGCUGGUGUGCCUCUGGGUUACGUGAUGUAGUAAAAGAGAUAGAGUGGAUAUACAAUGGGAACAGUACUCCAGGAGGGCAGUACAUGAAGUCUGUCGGACAAGCACUGAUAAAGAUUAAGGGCGACAAGGGCAGUGCUGUCGCUCUAAAUUCAACUACUACUACUACUACCACUAAUACAUCCCUCUCACGACUCACUAAGAACUGCCAGUACCUCUCCCCUCUAACCGGUGAGCUUUAUACUGCAGUGAGUGCCACUUUCGGAGGAACAUACCUCUCAUGGGUACUAUAUCUAUCAGAUUCCCUAUACUGGGGAUUACAGUCACUCUCUGAGGCAUUCCAACAGAUUGAAUGCCGGGGCUGUAGAGACUGUGACCCCAAUAAGUGCAAGAAGGGACAUCAUGGUGAGACGGGUACAGGGAGCGCAGGACUAUGUAACUGCUCAUCAAUCGUAUCAUGUACCGGGGUGCUGCCAGUACUAUAUAGGCAUGGCUUCAGCUACGGUAACCCAUUCAAUCUGGAGGGAUAUGAACAGAGGGAUGGAAAGACGGAUGGGCAGUAUGACAUUGAGAACAAGAAGAAAGAGCGUACUAAGAAGUGUCACCAAUUCUUGGACAGUCUCAGUGCAGUGAUUGACAAGAACAAGCAGAGCGCCUCCCAGAAGGACCACCCCCUAACAGAGCUCCUAAAGCAAGUCGGUGCCCUCCAAUACGACAUACGGCUCCCCUGGAUAUUUGUUCUGACCCUAGCCUGGCUCGUGGCGGUACUCUACCUUGCCUUUGGUGCCAUAUGGCCACUGGACUGGACACAUAUGAGGUCGCAUUGGUUACGGGGUGGAGAACACCAGUGGCAAUGUAUGUGGUAUAAGGUGAUGACGGGACGCAAAGGAAUGGAACUGGUGGAGUAUUUUGGUAGAAGGUAGUGGUGACUUAGUGGCGCCUUCGGCGCAACAGUG